AUAUGUUGCUCCUACCUCCAGUUCAAGUAUCAUUUACCAAAAGGAUUUCAGGAGAAGUGGACCCGUGGAGAAAUCUGAGUUGGUAGUUUGUGGCAGCAAGAGUAGGUUAGUAAGGAUCCUGUUGGCUAAAGCACAGGCUUUGGGUAGAAAAGCGGUGUCAAAUAGUUGGAAUAAGUGGCUAGACAAGGUGUGGGAUGUGUAUAAGGAUUUCUGUGAAGUUAUGGAUUUGAGGGCACUUCUAUCUGAGGUUGAUACAUUAGUAUCCUUCAUUGUUUGGCUAAAUUUAACCCAGUCAUUUUCAGAUUGUAUGGAUGUUCUAGCAGUUUCAAGAUCAUACCUAGAGGCCCAGUUUGCAGAUCUUUCCAAGGAAUAUAGAGUUAAGAGGGUUUAUAGAGCACUGUUAAAGGGUUAUAGAAAGGCUAAAGACCCAGACUGGCCAUGUGAUCCUUUAACA